GCCCGCGCAGCCGGCAGCCGCCCAGUCGCAGGCCGUCGCCACACGAACAACAAUAAAAAAAAUAAAGGCGUGUUCGAUAUUUAAAACGAUAAUGGCGCGAGGCCCCCGUUUCGCGCGUGCAAGGGGCCUGUGACGACAAUAUGUUUGAAACGCUGGAUUUGACUUAAAGUGAUAGUAUAUAAGUGAAGUGUAGUGUAAUUUUUCCAAGCCUCCUCUACCCCGUGGGACCAACUCACCACUAUCACCGGCUGUCUGCAUGUCUGUCUGUGCGUCAGUGCGGACCGCGGCGCUGCACGCGUAUGGAAUUGAACCAUAACGAGGAAUUGAAGAUAUCGAGAUGAGCGCGGCGGAGGGCGGCGCGGGCGAGGCCACGCCCACCGCCGCCACGCCGGGUGCCGCCGGGGGUACACCUGGUACCCCCGGCGGUGGUCCGGACGCGGGACCCCUCAUCCCCGUGCCGGUGGCCCCCCGCAAGCCGGCGCGCAGGGGGGCCAAGACGCAGCAGGAGCGGCCGAAGCGCGCGCUGUUCUGCCUCACCCUCAAGAACCCGCUGCGGAAGCUGUGCAUUGACAUCGUCGAGUGGAAGCCGUUCGAGUGGAUGAUAUUAACGACGAUAUUCGCGAACUGCAUAGCGCUGGCCGUCUACACCCCCUACCCCGCCAGCGACUCCAACUACACCAACUGGGUGCUGGAAAAGAUCGAGUACAUAUUCCUGGUGAUCUUCACGGGGGAGUGCGUGAUGAAGAUCAUCGCGUACGGGUUCGUGAUGCACGCCGGCUCCUACCUCCGUAACGGGUGGAACUUGCUCGAUUUCACCAUCGUCGUCAUUGGCAUGGUGAGCACGGUGCUGUCCAGCAUAUUCAAGGACGCGUUCGACGUGAAGGCGCUACGGGCGUUCAGGGUGCUGCGGCCGCUGAGGCUGGUGUCGGGGGUUCCUAGUUUGCAGAUCGUGCUGAACUCCAUCUUGAAGGCCAUGGUGCCGCUGCUCCAUAUAGCGCUGCUCGUCAUCUUCGUCAUCAUCAUCUACGCGAUCAUCGGCCUAGAACUGUUCUCUGGGAAGAUGCACAAGUCCUGUUAUAAUAGAGUUACAAAUGAGAUCAUGGACAACCCCCACCCGUGCGAUCUAGACAACGGUUUCAACUGCUCCCUCAUCGGUGAGGAUAUGGAGUGCCGCGAAGGUUGGAUCGGUCCCAACUUCGGGAUCACCAACUUCGACAACUUCGGCCUGUCCAUGCUGACUGUCUUCCAGUGCAUCACGUUAGAGGGUUGGACGGAUGUUAUGUAUAAUAUACAAGAUGCAAUGGGUAACAGUUGGGAGUGGAUAUAUUUUGUAUCGAUGGUCAUCCUUGGAGCAUUCUUCGUAAUGAACCUGAUUCUCGGUGUGUUGUCCGGAGAAUUUUCCAAAGAAAGAGAGAAAGCGAAAAACCGAGGAGACUUUCAGAAGCUCCGAGAAAAGCAGCAGUUGGAAGAGGACCUCAAAGGGUAUCUAGACUGGAUCACACAGGCAGAGUAUUUGGAGCCACUAGCGGACCAACACGACCCUAUGGACCAAAAGAGAGACUAUGGGAUGAAUGACUAUGGUCAAACUGUAACAGACCACGAUUCGACUGAUCACUUGGGUAUAGAACCAACUGAACCGCAGAAGGGAGCGAUGAACAAGAUGUGGAAGACUGACUUUGAUAAGGUGAAUCGGCGAAUGAAGCGCGCGUGUCGCCGGGCAGUCAAAUCACAGAGCUUUUACUGGCUUAUCAUUGUUCUAGUGUUUCUCAACACCGUUGUGCUAGCCAGUGAGCAUCACCAUCAACCCGAGUGGUUAGAUUAUUUUCAAGAAUAUGGCAACGCCAUAUUUGUAGCUUUAUUUACAAUGGAGAUGUUGGUUAAGAUGUACAGUUUGGGUCUGCAGGGUUAUUUUGUUUCGUUGUUUAAUCGAUUCGACUGUUUCGUCGUUGUCGGUUCUAUCAGUGAGAUGGUGCUCACCAAAACUGAAGUGAUGCCUCCGCUGGGUAUCUCCGUGCUUAGAUGUGUUCGACUGCUCCGAGUAUUUAAAGUUACCAAAUACUGGCGAUCGCUAUCCAAUUUGGUCGCAUCUCUGCUGAACUCGAUACAGUCAAUCGCGUCUCUACUGCUGCUAUUGUUUCUGUUCAUCAUGAUCUUCGCGCUGCUGGGCAUGCAGGUUUUUGGAGGGAAGUUCAACUACGACCCCGUAGAAGAGAAGGAUCGUCAUAACUUCGACUGCUUCUGGCAAGCGCUUCUCACCGUGUUUCAAAUAUUGACCGGCGAAGAUUGGAAUGCAGUGAUGUAUGAAGGCAUCAAGGCAUACGGUGGUGUGGGAACAUUCGGGAUCCUCGCUUGCAUAUAUUUCAUCAUUCUUUUCAUUUGCGGCAACUAUAUCCUACUGAAUGUGUUCUUGGCCAUCGCUGUAGACAAUUUAGCAGAUGCUGAAUCACUCACAAAUAUAGAAAAAGAAGAAGCACAAGCUGGAGAAGAGGAACCCGGACAAAUUGAGGAAGCACAUGAAACUGACGACGAAUAUGUUCGUGAUGACGAUGCUUACACCACUGAUAACUCAGAGAGAGAAUACGAAGAAACCGGUUCAGAAGGAGAGCAACAAGAAGAUAUGGAAGGUGAAGAGGAAGUGGGUGUUGAUGAGAUGAUAGACGAGAGAAUAGAAGAUGAACAAGAAAACGAAGAAGAAACUAUGGAAACUCAUCAAAGAAAUCAUAUAGUUAAUACAGAAUACGAGGAUGAGCCACGUUUGAAACGUAAGCCGACGACAUCUUCGGCUCGACCGAGGCGGCUCUCGGAGGUCGAUAUACGAGAUUCGGCGAAACCUAUUCCCGAUGCUCGUUCUUUCUACAUAUUUUCUAAAACGAACAGGUUUCGCGUGUUCUGCUACAAGAUGUCAGCUUCGUCUACUUUUGGGAACAUAAUUCUGGUCUGCAUCAUGUUCUCGUCUGCUAUGCUGGCGGCAGAAGAUCCAUUGGAUGCAGCUCAGAAAGGAUUUCGAAAUUGGCUGCUGAGUCAAUUCGAUAUUUUCUUCACGGGCAUCUUCACGUUGGAGUUAUUUCUGAAGUUGGUCACUUAUGGCCUAAUUUUGCACGAAGGUGCCUUCCUACGUUCCGCCUUCAAUGUUCUCGACAUGCUAGUCGUGUGUGUCUCUCUUAUUUCUAUGAGUUUUAAGUCUGGUAGUAUAUCAGUAGUAAAAAUUUUGAGAGUAUUCAGGGUGCUGAGACCACUAAGAGCUAUAAACAGGGCCAAGGGUCUUAAGCACGUUGUACAAUGUGUGAUCGUUGCUAUCAAAACGAUCGGGAACAUUUUGUUGGUAACGUCUUUGCUACAGUUCAUGUUCGCUGUGAUGGGAGUACAAAUGUUCAAGUAUGUGGUGAAAUGUGUGAUAGUAGCGAUUAAGACAAUAGGAAAUAUAAUGCUAGUUACCUAUUUAUUACAAUUUAUGUUCGCCGUUGUCGGCGUACAGUUAUUUAAGGGUAAAUUUUUUAGGUGUAAUGAUAUUUCUAAAAUGACUAAAGAAGAAUGUCAGGGGACAUAUUUAGUAUUUGAACAUAGUAAUUAUGUAGUUAGAGACAGAGAGUGGAAACGAAAUGAUUUCCAUUUCGAUAAUGUGAUGAAAGGGAUGCUCACCCUCUUCACCGUUUCUACGUUUGAAGGUUGGCCAGGGUUAUUGUAUGUAUCUAUAGAUUCGAAUGCUGAAGAUCGAGGUCCGAUUACAAAUUUCCGUCCAAUUGUCGCAGCCUACUAUAUCAUUUAUAUUAUUAUUAUUGCCUUCUUUAUGGUGAACAUAUUCGUCGGUUUCGUCAUAGUGACAUUCCAGAACGAGGGUGAGCAGGAAUACAAGAACUGUGAACUAGAUAAGAACCAAAGGAAUUGUAUAGAAUUUGCCUUAAAAGCUAAGCCAAUUAGAAGGUAUAUACCUAAACACCGCAUCCAAUACAAAGUGUGGUGGUUCGUCACAUCGCAGCCGUUCGAGUACGCGAUAUUCGUGCUCAUCAUGAUCAACACCAUCACCCUCGCCAUGAAGUACCACAACCAGCCGCCGGAGUACAGCAAGGCUUUGGACAUGCUAAACAUGAUAUUCACUGCUGUAUUCGCCCUAGAGUUUAUUUUCAAACUUGCUGCUUUUCGGUUUAAGAAUUAUUUUGGUGACGCGUGGAACACAUUUGACUUCAUUAUCGUCCUGGGUAGCAUCAUAGACAUAGUGGUAUCACAAGUCAACGAGCUGAAGAAUCAGGGAAGUGGAUUGCCAAGAACUCACGUAGUAAAGGAAAGUUCAAUCCCGUCCAUUAAUUUCUUUCGUCUCUUCCGUGUAAUGAGGCUCGUGAAACUUCUGUCACGUGGUGAGGGAAUCCGCACCCUACUCUGGACCUUCAUUAAAUCCUUCCAAGCGCUGCCUUACGUGGCGCUACUGAUUCUGAUGCUCUUCUUCAUAUAUGCUGUUGUUGGAAUGCAGGUUUUUGGGAAGAUCGCCAUUGAUGACGACACUCCUAUCACCAGGAACAAUCAUUUUCAAACGUUUCCACAAGCUAUUCUUGUGUUGUUUCGUUCCGCUACAGGUGAAGCUUGGCAAGACAUAAUGAUGGGUGUGGCUCCAGAACCAGAGGUUAAAUGUGACAACAAUUAUACUGAAGAAGAUGGCCAGAAACCAGAAGGGUCGUGUGGAUCUGUUCUCGCGUUUCCAUACUUUAUAUCGUUCUACGUUCUUUGUUCUUUUCUGAUUAUUAAUUUAUUCGUCGCCGUUAUUAUGGAUAAUUUUGACUAUCUAACCAGGGACUGGUCAAUCUUGGGACCACAUCAUUUAGAUGAAUUUAUAAGAUUGUGGAGUGAAUAUGACCCUGACGCGAAAGGAAGAAUAAAACAUUUAGAUGUAGUAACAUUAUUAAGAAAAAUUAGUCCACCUCUAGGUUUUGGUAAGCUUUGUCCUCACCGGGUAGCGUGUAAACGGCUCGUAUCAAUGAACAUGCCCCUCAAUUCCGAUGGAACAGUUCUUUUUAACGCCACGCUCUUCGCCGUAGUGCGGACUUCGCUCAAAAUUAAAACAGAUGGUAAGUGUGAUGAUACUUUCAAAUUCUUUCCUCUAACACCACACCAUCUUUUCAAGUUACAAAAAGACUGUUUUCCUCUUCACAUCUUUCAUUUCGUUUUGACUUUCCAGUGGACACGAUUAUUAAGAUUUCGUUUCUUUCUAGGUAAUAUCGACGACUGCAACACCGAAUUGAGGAAUGUCAUCAAGAAAAUCUGGAAAAGAACAUCUCCAAAACUUCUAGACCAAGUUGUGCCUCCACCAGGGGAUCCCAACGAAAUCACAGUUGGCAAGUUCUACGCGACAUUCUUAAUUCAAGAUUACUUUAGAAGGUUCAAAAAGCGUAAGGAACAAGAAAUGAGGCAGAACGACGAGCAAGCGCAGGCAGCAACACUACAGGCGGGCCUGCGGACACUACACGAAGCUGGACCAGAGCUGAAGAGAGCCAUCUCCGGAGCUCUAGACAAUAUAGCCGAUGAUAUAGAUGUGCCAAUGCAUCGCAGAAAUCAUUCGCUGUUUGGUGGUGUUUGGUCAAGUAUACGAAGGCAUGGCCCCAAUAGACAUCUGAACAAACACAGAAAACAUGGAGAACCUCCGCCAGGUGAUGUUGGUAACCACUUGUCUUCUAUGAUGCAGCGCGAGUACGGCGUGGCCCAGCUGCCACUUGCUCCAAAUCUAGCAAACGGUCAACCGAAGGAACAAAUACCGCUAAGGCCUUUAAUAUUUAAUGGGGAAUCGGAAAAGAUAUAUCAAGUUCUAGACAAUCAAAAGUCGAACUACCCGGAGAUGCUCGGGCAGAUAGGGCUGGCCUUCGGCUGCGUGAACUACCUCACAACGCCCGAGAGCUCCGGCGUGAAGGCGGGCUCGCGGCAGAAGAUACACCCCGAAGACCUCGACAAGUUAACCGUGCCGAAAGCCUCGCCCGAGGAGAAGACGCCCUCACCGGGCACGGGGGAGAUAACCCCGAAGAUAUCGGGGCUGAAGAUGGAGGAGCUGCGGUCGGGGCUCGUGGGGUCGAAGCGGUCGUCGGUCGCGGACGAGGAGAUAACGCCGAUGAUCGCGGGCGGCGAGGUGCUGCCGGCGGCGGAGCGGCGGCCGAUGACGCUGUACGGCUACAACGCGGCCGCGCGGCUGCCGUUCGCGUUCGCGGCGGCGCGCGGCCGCUCGCUGCGAGCGCCGCCCGCGCCACAAGGUCGGCUCGUGCGAUCCGCCUCCGCGCUGCCGCCGACCGCAGGGAGCGAUAAUGCCGCUCGUGGUGUAGUGUCUCUGCCCGGCAGCCCGCGCAACAGCGCCUCGGUGCCCGUGGUGGGCUCUGCUGAGAGUUUAGUUACCAGGGUGCUGACCGAGCAAGGACUAGGAGCGUACUGCGACCCCGAGUUCGUGCGGAACACGUCGCGGGAGAUGCAGGAGGCGCUCGACCUGACACAGGAGCAGAUGGACAGAGCUGCACAUCAGCUUAUGAUACGCGAGAAGAAUCUAAAACAGGCCCAGAACCAAGCCCAAAUUGGCGACAUUCUCGCUCGCCAGUACCACCCCUACCACCAGCCCGCAACGCCCAAGCGGUUAUAGCAUCCACCGCGGACGCCCCCCCAGCGAGCCGCCGCCACGACAGAAGACACGCGCACCACCGCCGGAAACGGAAGCGGAAACCGGUGCUCGUUUAAACCGAUUAUGUUUCUUACGUUCUAAGGGUCCCCGCAGACUUACAAUUUCAAGUUGGCCGACUAUCGU